AUGAGACGAACUAUAGUCCGAUACGUUUGCCUCUGCAUAACAAUGGUUCUAAUAAGAGUAGCCCCAAGAGUGAAGAAGCGCUUCCCAACGCUCCAACGGCUCGUGGAAGCUGGCCUCCUAACGGACAGUGAACGAACUAUAAUAGCCAAAAUGGAUGAACGUUUUCCGCGUCCUUCGAAGCAUUGGAUGCCAAUUGUUUGGGCAGCAAGUAUCGUGACGCGUGCCCGGAAAGAAGGUCUCAUACGGGAUGACUUUGCCGUCAAGACACUUAUUGAUCAGCUUAACAGCCUUCGUGACAGUGCGAGUAUUCUUCUCAAGUACGACACUAUCACCAUUCCUCUUGUCUACACACAAGUAGUCACCCUGGCCGUCUAUUCGUACUGCGCCGCAAAUAUUUUGGCAAGCCAAUGGUUUGAGAGUAGUGAUGAAGGGAAAGAUCAAGCCUUAGAUGUCUACUUCCCAUUUUUCUCAACGCUUCAAUUCUUCUUCUACAUGGGAUGGCUGAAAGUAGCUGAAGUCCUCAUUAAUCCCUUUGGGGAGGAUGAUGAAGACUUCGAAGUGAAUUGGAUGAUUGAUGAAAAUCUGAAAGGAUGCUACAUGAUUGUCGAUGAGAUGCAUCAUGAGCAUCCGGAGUUGAUGAAGGAUCAAUACUGGGAUGAAGUCUUCCCAAAUGAGCUUCCUGGUGCGGAAGAAUUUCACGAACAACACCCAGAAGCAUCAACAUCUAAGCUUGAGAUUCCAGAAGCUGAAGCACACCUAACCUCUAAAUUGCCACCAAAAAUCAUUGUGGAUGACAUGGUACGAGCCAACAACCAAAGACUUAAAAAAGAGUUUUUCUGUUGUUAACCUUCCUUUUUCAUUUGUUUUUGCCUAAAUAGAGUGAUGGGAAUGUUGAAAAUGGUCAAGAUCAACCAGGACAGAGUGCAGAGAACCUCGUUGAUACUGUCACAAUGGCAUUUGAGCGUUUCUUCAGGACAGAAGAUGAGCAAUCAAUGCAAUACUUGAAGGAAACUACCCAAGUAUCAACUGCUCCGAGUAGGGCCAGCUUGUCUGAAGGUUCAAAAGUCACGAUUACUGUGCCAGAUGGAAGUCUUGAGGAAGACAAUGAGACACCUGAAGAUGAUGAAUUUGAAAAACUUCGCUUAACUCGUGAAAAAGAACGCCAGGAGAGGAAUAAACUGUUGAUUUCCAACCCUACACAAGACGUUGCAACAACUUUAGAUAUGAGCGCUUUUCUUGAACAAAUUAUUGACAAAAAUAUG